AUGGAGUUCCACGCAGUGAUCCUCUGUGGUCCCGGUAAAAACCUCAGUCCCUUCUCUAAGGUUCGGGCCACUGGUACAUACAAGCCGCUUUUGCCCUUGGCCCUGAUACCCAUGUUUGAGUACGUUUUGGACUGGUGUGAAAAGGCAUACUUCCCCAAAAUCACAUUGGCAUGUAGCGAAGAAGAGCAUGUGGCAAUUGAAGCUGCCUUACAGAAGUAUAAGGAUCGCAAAACUGCUGCUGCAACUUCCAAUGAUUCUGAUCUGACGACCGAUUCAGACAACACUCUUCAAUUCACUCAAUCCAUACAAGCUACAGUUUUCAACACUGCCAGCAAUGGUGAAAUUCUUCAGCAGUUAGCACAAGAGCCACAAAGUGAUCUCGAGCAUUUCGUGUUGUUGCCCUGUGACUUCAUCACCGACUUGCCUGCUCAGGUAUUGAUUGAGGCUUACAGAUGUAGACAUGAUACUGAUAUGGGCAUGCUCGUAUCGUACCGCAAUCAGCUAGAGAUUGAAGACAAAAAAAAUAAGAUCUUUCCAAAGAAGUAUACGCUUUAUGCUGAGCAGGCGUCCUUGGGACAAUCGCAGCUUCUUGACUACUACACUAAUGAAGAUAUCGAUUACCAGAAAGCGCUUCCAGUGCGCACACAAUUGGCGUGGAAACAUCCCAAUGUCACCAUCAGCUCUAGACUUUUCAACGGCUCCAUCUUUUUUGGUGAGCUGCAGUCUAUUUCAGCCUUUUUUACCAAGCACAGUAAAAAAUACACCGAUGCAUAUUUUGCCGCACGCCCAAUGAUGAAAAUCGUGCGUGAUUUUGCCCGUAAAAGCUGGCAAAGUCGCUCGGCCGAGUCUACCGUGGGUCUUUUUAUAAUCCCAGACGAGAUCCCAUUCAUGCGUGCCAACAACUUGCCAGUUUAUGUAGAAGCCAACAGACACUUUUUGAAGCUUCAAGCUCGUGAAUUGGCUGGAGGCAAGUCUCUGGCACCAAAGGAUAAAACAAUGGCUAACGUUGGUGCUGAUUCCAUUGUUGCCUCGGAUGCGGUAUUAGGUGAGAGAACAAACGUCAAGCGCUCUGUAGUUGGUGCUCGCUGUAUCAUAGGAAAGAGAGUUAAGUUGACUGGAUGCAUAAUCCAAGAUGAUGUCACUAUCGGUGAUGAUGUUCAACUAGAGAACACAAUUGUUGGGCACAAAGCAAACAUUGGCAAUAAGUCUAAAUUGGUCAGCUGUAAUGUAGAAUCCACACAUGAGGUUCCUCAAGGCACAAACGCAAAGGGUGAUACCUUGUUGUGUUUGAGUCUCGAGGGUUUGGUGGAUUCAGAUGAGUUCUCAUCCUCUGAAGAUGAUGGAGACUCAGAGAGCAGCUACGAUGAUUACGAAGCAGAGGAUAUUGACGACGGGUUGUUUGGAUAUUGA